UUCUCUCAAUACACCUUUUGCCUUCUUUAUUACUUACAUCACUUUCUUUUUGGAUCAAAGCUUUAAACAAAUAACAAUAAAAGCAAUUCCAGAAGAAGAGCUUUUCUCUUUUUCUCCUUUUGUUGUUGAUACGUACGUGUAUAUAUAUAGUUGCAAAAGCAUUGCAAGCUUUUAUAAUAUCAAUGGCGAAUGAUUAUAAAGCACGUUCAUUAGAGGAGACACCAACAUGGGCUGUUGCUGUGGUGUGCUUUGUUUUGGUUGUUAUUUCAAUCUUCAUUGAACAUGCCAUUCACAUUGUAGGCAAGUGGUUCAAGAAAAGGCACAAGACAUCUCUUUAUGAAGCACUUGAGAAGGUUAAAGCAGAGCUUAUGCUCAUGGGAUUCAUAUCAUUGCUUCUAACAGUCUUUCAAGGUCCCAUAUCUGAAAUUUGCAUUCCAGCACAUGUAGCAAACACUUGGCAUCCAUGCAAUAAGAAAACUGAGGCUGAAAAAUAUUCUGAAAAAUCCUCUGGUAGAAAGCUUGUUGAAUUCUCUGACGAUGAUAGUUUUUAUAUUCCUAGACGCAGUCUUGCAUCCAAAUCUGACAAAUGUGCAGAACAGGGUAAAGUUGCACUUGUUUCAGCUUAUGGUAUCCAUCAGCUCCAUAUAUUCAUCUUUGUGUUGGCAGUUUGUCACAUUCUUUACUGUAUCAUAAUCUAUGCUUUAGGAAGAUCUAAGAUGAGGAAAUGGAAGGCCUGGGAAAAUGAGACAAAGACAAUUGAAUACCAAUUCUACAAUGACCCAGAGAGGUUCAGAUUUGCAAGGGACACUUCAUUUGGGCGCAGGCAUCUGAGCUUUUGGAGCCGUUCUACCUUAACUCUUUGGAUUGUCUGUUUCUUAAGACAAUUCUUUGGGUCAGUCACAAAGGUUGAUUACCUGACAUUGAGGCAUGGAUUUAUCAUGGCACAUUUGGCACCUGGAAACGAAACAAAAUUCGAUUUCCAGAAAUACAUCAAGAGAUCAUUAGAGGAUGAUUUUAAAGUUGUUGUAGGGAUCAGUCCAAUCAUCUGGUUCAUUGCUGUCUUGUUCUUGCUUGCCUAUACACAUGGAUGGUAUUCAUAUUUAUGGCUACCUUUUAUCCCCUUAAUUAUAAUCCUAAUGGUUGGAGCCAAGCUACAAGUGAUCAUAACCAAAAUGGGGUUGAGAAUUCAAGAUAGAGGGGAUGUAGUCAAGGGUGCACCCGUGGUUCAACCAGGCGAUGACCUCUUCUGGUUUGGACGCCCACGCUUCCUUCUUUUUCUCAUUCACGUCGUUCUUUUUACGAAUGCAUUUCAACUGGCCUUUUUCGUGUGGAGCACGUAUGAAUUUACGAUGAGAUCUUGCUACCAUGAACAUAUUGAAGAUGUCAUCAUUAGAGUCUCAAUGGGGGUUAUCAUACAGUUCCUUUGCAGUUAUGUGACUCUUCCACUCUAUGCUUUAGUGACUCAGAUGGGAACUAAUAUGAGACCAACUAUCUUUAAUGAUAGAGUUGCAGCUGCACUAAAAAACUGGCAUCAUACAGCAAAGAAACACACUAAACAAAGCAGGCUGCUACAUUCCGAGAAUACGACACCAUUUUCGAGCAGGCCGGCAACUCCGACUCAUGGGAUGUCACCGGUUCAUAUUCUGCAUAAACAUCCUCAAAGAUCCGAAACCUAUGGUAUAUCUUCAGGACAUUCGGUUGAUCACUGGGAUCUAGGGUUGUUCCAUUCUCCACUACACAGUCACGAAAUCAAUGACCCUAUUCAUGAUCAUGAUAGAACACAGAUAGAAAUGAGGGAUGUAGAUACGACAGUUCAAGAGUCUGGCUCUUCACAAAUGGAUGCUGAGACACCUCAAACAAUUCGAACACAACACGAGAUUGACAUCAUUCCAUCCGAUUUCUCGUUCGCAAAAAGUUAAUCGAUCCAAUGAAGAUCAGCUCGGAUGAAAGGGACAAUGCUCCUAACUUCUGCCAUUUUUUUUUGUACUUGUUACAUGGAUUUGAACUGAAGCCAGUAUACAGGAAACUUAAAAACUUGGAGAGAUUGAACUCUUCCUUUGUUCAUGUAUGUAGACGAAGAACUUUUUUCAAAAAUUAUUAGUUCAAUA